GGGAAGCGGGUAGGAGGCCACAUGGUCAGGCCAGGGAGGGCCUUGCGCUUCAGGAGCCAAGGCCGUGGGCACUCUCACGGGUCCCUGUGGGCCAGUGUGAGAGCCAGAGCCAGCCACAGGUGGGAGGAGCUGUGCGGGUCAUAACACCCUCUGCUAACAAUGACCUCAUUACCUGUGACUCGGGCCAGCGCAGGCCCUGCGUUUCAUUUCAUCCUCACGAUUUCCUGCCGGAGGGCUACUAUUCUUAUGCCCAUUCACGCUCUGAAAGGGAGGUGGUGGAAACCCAGAGAGGCGCAGUGACUUGUCCCACGCGGCCCAGCUGGUAAACUGCAGAGUCAGGAUUUGAACCCAGCCAGUUUGGCUCUGAUGGCCACUCUCUUAAUCACAGCUGCUUCCCAUGCGACAGAAAUGGGUGCUGAGGACAGAGUUAAGAUUAGAGGUAGAUGAGUGCAGGAGAAAGAUAAGAGUGGGGAAGAAAUAAUAGGGAAACGCUGGGCACAAAGAGAGACGAGGCAGGGAAGAGACAGGGAGCAUUACUUUGCCCAGGAGAGGCCUCAGGCCGUGGGCGGCAGGCAGGGGCUCAGGCUCUCUGCUCACUUGGCCACAGAGGGGCUUCGUUUCCCUCAGCGGCCACCUUGCUGCGUGGAUGACACCUUCCCAUCCGGCCUGUCCCCGGAGCCCUACGGCAUCCUCCUCAGCAGCAGGCCACUGGGCUUCACGGGAAGCGCGCUCUCUUUCUCUAUUUGGCAUUGAAACUCACAGCCCUCCCUUUUCCUGUAGGUGGGGUUUCCAUAGGAAAAAGCUGCUUCUCUGUUUCCCCAGCCUAGCAACUGUUUGGAAGUCAGAUCCCCACAUCCUGCUCUACUGGGUCAAGUCCUUCUUGGACCGGCUCUUGCCCAUCACUGGCUGCAGUGGACCAACGGGUGCCCCUGGCAAUUUACUUCAUCGGUGCUGGGUCCUCUUGGAUCUCUUCAGAUGAAGAUGGCCUUGCUUGGGAAUCCUGCUAGUUCCAUCAUCAUCUAAUUAUGGGACAAGGCUGUGCCAGCAGGUCUGGGGGCAGAACGGGGCUAAUCGAGCCCCCCCAGAAACACUGGAGGACUUCCCAGCCUUUGGAGACCUCUAGCGGUUUCUGCAUCUAGCCCAUUCUGGCGGUAAGCAUGAUGCAACUCCUGCGACUUUUGCUGGGGCUUUUGGGGCCAGGUGGCUACUUGUUCCUUUCAGGGGAUUGUCAGGAGGUGACCACUCUCACUGUGAAAUACCAAGUGUCAGAGGAAGUGCCUCCUGGGACGGUGAUUGGGAAGCUGUCCCAGGAACUGGGCUGGGAGGAGAGACGUGGGCGAGGGGGCGCUGCCUUCCAGGUCUUGCAGCUGCCUCAGGAGCUCCCCAUCCAGGUGGACUCUGAGGAUGGCUUGCUUAGCACGGGAAGGCGGCUGGACCGAGAGCAGCUUUGCCGGCAGCGGGACCCCUGCCUGGUUUCCUUUGACGUGCUUGCCACAGGGGAUUUGGCUCUCAUCCAUGUGGAGAUCCAGGUGCUGGACAUCAAUGAUCACCAGCCACAGUUUCCCAAAGGUGAGCAGGAGCUGGAAAUCUCUGAGAGUGCCUCUCUGCACACCCGGAUCCCCCUGGACAGAGCUCUGGACCCAGACACUGGCCCCAACACCCUGCACUCCUACUCCCUGUCUCCCAGUGAGCACUUUGCCCUGGAUGUCAUCGUGGGGCCUGAUGAGACCAAACACGCAGAACUCGUGGUGGUGAAGGAGCUGGACCGGGAAAUCCACUCGUUUUUUGACCUGGUGUUGACUGCCUAUGACAGUGGGAACCCCCCCAAGUCAGGCACCAGCUUGGUCAAAGUCAACGUCCUGGACUCCAAUGACAACAGCCCUGUGUUUGCUGAGAGCUCACUGGCACUGGAAAUCCAAGAAGAUGCUGCCCCUGGUACUCUCCUCAUAAACUUGACCGCCACAGACCCUGACCAAGGCCCCAACGGGGAGGUGGAGUUCUUCUUCAGUAAGCAUGUGCCUCCAGAGGUGCUGGACACCUUCAGUAUUGAUGCCAAAACGGGCCAGGUGAUUCUGCGUCAACCCCUAGACUACGAGAAGAAUCCUGCCUAUGAGGUGCAUGUCCAGGCAAGGGACCUGGGUCCCAAUCCCAUCCCAGCCCAUUGCAAAGUCCUCAUCAAGGUUCUGGAUGUCAAUGACAAUGCCCCAAGCAUCGACAUCACAUGGGCCUCCCAGCCCUCAAUGGUGUCAGAAGCUCUCCCCAAGGACAGUUUCAUUGCUCUCAUCAUGGCAAACGACUUGGACUCAGGAAACAAUGGUCUGGUCCACUGUUGGCUGAGACAAGAGCUGGGCCACUUCAAGCUGAAAAGGACCAAUGGCAACACGUACAUGCUGCUAACCAAUGCCACGCUGGACAGAGAGCAGUGGCCCAAAUAUACCCUCACUCUGUUCGCCCAAGACCAGGGUCCUCAGCCCUUAUCAGCCGAGACACAGCUCAGCAUUCAGAUCAGUGAUGUAAACGACAAUGCACCCGUGUUUGAGAAGAGCAGGUAUGAGGUCUCCACCAAGGAGAACAACCAACCCUCUCUUCACCUCAUUACCAUGAAAGCUCACGAUGCAGACUUGGGCAUUAAUGGACAAAUCUCAUAUCGAAUCCAGGACUCCCCAGUUUCUCAUUUGGUAGCCAUUGAUUCAGACACGGGAGCGGUCAUUGCUCAGAGGUCACUGGACUAUGAACAGAUGGCCCGCUUUGAGUUCCACGUGAUUGCAGAGGACAGGGGACAGCCCCAGCUCUCAUCCAGCAUCUCUGUAUGGGUCAGCCUCCUGGACGACAACGAUAAUGCCCCAGAGGUGAUUCAUCCCCUACUCAGUGAUGGAAAAGCCAGCCUCUCAGUGCUUGUAAAUGCCUCCACCGGCCACCUUCUGGUGCCCAUUGAGACUCCCAAUGGCUUGGGUCCAGUGGGUGCUGACAUAGCAUCACUGGCCACCCACAGCUCCCAGCCAUUCCUUUUGGUGACCAUUGUGGCACAAGACGCAGACUCAGGGGCAAACGGAGAGGUCCUUUACAGCAUUCAGAGUGGGAAUGAAGCCCGCCUCUUUGUUCUCAGCCCCCACCUGGGGCAGCUGUUCAUCAACAUCACCAAUGCCAGCAGCCUCAUUGGGAAAGAGUGGGAGCUAGAGAUAGUGGUAGAAGACCGUGGCAGCCCCUCCUUACAGACCCAAGCCCUGUUGAGGGUCUCGUUCGUCACCAGUGUGGACCACCUGAGGGACUCAGCCCAUGAUCCUGGGGCCCUGAGCACAUCAGUGCUGACAGUGAUUUGCCUUGUUGUCCUGCUGGCCAUCUUCGGGCUGAUCUUGGCUCUGGUCAUGUCCAUCUGUCGCACGGAAAAGAAGGACAACAGGGCCUAUAAUUGUCGGGAGGCUGAAUCCACCUACCGCCUCCAGCCCAAGAGACCCCAGAAACACAUUCAGAAGGCAGACAUCCACCUCGUGCCUGUGUUCAGGGGCCAGGUGGAUGAGCCUGGUGAAGUGGGGCAGCCCCCGAAGGAUGUGGGCAAGGAAGCAAUAAUGGAAGCAGGCUGGGACCCCUGCCUGCAGACCCCCUUUCACCUCACUCCGACCCUGUACAGGACCCUGCGUAAUCAAGGCAACCAGGGAGCACUGGCCGAGUGUCCAGAGGUGCUGCAGGACACGGUCAACCUCCUUUUCAAUCACCCCAGGCAGAGGAACGCUUCCCGGGAGAACCUGAACCUUCCCGAGCCCCAGCCUGCACUGGGCCAGCCCCACUCGAGGCCCCCGAAGGUGGCAGGCAGCCCCACAGGGAGGCCGCCUGGAGACCAGGGCAGCGAGGAGGUCCCACUGAGCCCACCAGCUACCUCUGCAACCCUGAGGCGGCAGCGAAAUCUCAAUGGCAAAGUGGCCCCUGAGAAAGAGUCAGGCCCCCGACAGAUCCUGCGGAGCCUGGUCCGGCUGUCUGUGGCUGCCUUCGCCGAGAGGAAUCCUGUAGAGGAGCUCACUGUGGAUUCACCUCCUGUUCAGCAAAUCUCCCAGCUGCUGUCCUUGCUGCAUCAGGGCCAAUUCCAGCCCAAACCAAACCACCGGGGAAAUAAGUACUCGGCCAAGCCCUGCGGCGGCAGGAGUCCAAUCCCAGACACAGAUGGCCCAGGUACCAGGGCUGGUGGCCAGGCAGAACCAGACCAGGAAGAAGGACCCUUGGACCUUGAAGAGGACCUCUCUGUGAAGCAGCUGCUAGAAGAAGAGCUGUCAAGCUUGCUGGACCCCAAAAAAGGUCUGGCCCUGGACCGGCUAAGUGCCCCAGACCCCGCCUGGAUGGCCAGGCUCUCUUUGCCCCUUGCCACCAACUACCGCGACAACGUGUUCUCCCCGGACACCGCGGCCUUGGAGGAGCCGAGGACCUUCCAGACAUUCGGCAAGGGCUCGGGGCCAGAGCUGAGCCCGGCCGGCACGCGGCUGGCCAGCACCUUCCUCUCGGAGAUGAGCUCGCUGCUGGAGAUGCUGCUGGAGCAGCGGGCCAGCGUGCCCGUGGAGGCCGCCUCCGAGGCGCUGCGGCGGCUCUCCGUGUGCGGGAGGACCCUCAGCCUAGACCUGGCCACCAGUGGGGCCUUGGGCACGGACGUCCAGGGGGGCCCAGGUGGAAAGAAGGGGGCCGAGGGCAGGACCAGCAGUAGCAGCAGCAGCAGGGGCCUGUGGAUCCGGGAACCAGGGGCCCCAGGAGAUGUUAGAGAGCCCAGGCCCUGAGGAUCCUUGGACAUACUCUGAUUUCUAAACUUGUUGAACUCUGAGCAGAGGUGGCUUGAGAACUUCAGGGUGACUGAUGACACCCUACAGAGGGGGCAGGGGCCCAAGGAUUAGCAGCUGGCUGACCAAAGCAGCCCCUUGCUGGGAGCUAGCUGAAUUUUUUGGAGAAUGGAGAUAGUUUGUGGGCAAGUGUUUGCUGGCAAAACACAUGCAGAGCACAGAAGGCAGGUCCUCGGCGGAAGAGAUGCCAAGGAGCGUCACAAGCAAGACAGGACAGCCUUAUUGCAUACCGGGAGGUGGGGGCUGGAUCCUGGGGUGCCAGGCGAAGCCCUCUGACCUACUAAUAAAGGAAAAGCAGUGGCUUGUUCCCCUGAGUACACCUCCCACGGGGAAUGAGUGACAGAGCGAUGGUUCUUUGCUCCCCUCCCUGUCAAGUGGGUCAGGCUGGGCCUGGACAGGAGCUGGGCCUGGACAGGAGUGUGCAGUGUCAGGUACAUGAUGGGCAUGUGCACUCUUCACCCCACUCCUCUAUUGCCGUGAUAUCAAAUAAUCUGCUUCUCAGCUGGAAAAUCAGGGCUAAGAAAAGAGUGACUAUUUAUAGAGAGCAUUUACGUGAGCCAGGCACCAGGCUUACAAUAGAAUUUAAUUAAUAAUUUCUUGACAACCCUGAGAGGGAGGUGUUAUUAUCCCCAUUCCACAGAUAAGGAUCUGAGCCUUGGAGGGGCUGAGUGUCUUGCCCUAGAUCAAGCAGAGAGGAGAGGCAGAGCCAGGAUCUGGAGCCAGGUUUGUCCAACACCAAAACUCAUGCCCAUGCCCUUGACCUUGACACUAGGCUGCCAGCCAAGGAAAGGAUCAGGAAAGCCCCCACAGGUGAGCUUUUGCCAGUAGUGGAACUGUUUGAGCUCCCCUCCAGAAACUGCUGAAGAAAGUUCCCAAGCUGCUCAGGCCUGCAUGUCUUUACACUUCCAAGCCCAGAGUAAAGGGUCCUGGAUCUGACCUGCUGCAGGCCUGGGCCUCUGCAGAAUCCUGUCCUUUCCCAGUGAGCAGCCCGUCACUUACAGAAGUCACCUUCCCAGAAACCACCGUUUGUAGGUAAAUAUUCCUGUCACAGCAGGUGUGGGCCUGUGAAUUCAGGCCGAGAGGAGGGUGUGAACCGGCUCUGUGAAAUGGACACUGACAGCGGCAAACCUUCCAAGGGGAGGAGGGAGUGAAGAAAGAGCAAAUAUUUCCCCAGGGCUCAGCCGCAAUGUUUUCCUGGAAAUUUCCAAGCUGUCAUUCAGCUAGCUUCUCGGUAGCCUGGGGCCCUCCUGGACACUGAGGGCAAAAAGUCCUCCUUUUGUUCUCCUGUGGAGCUCAGUACUCACUUCGCUGUCCACAUAAAUGGGUCCUUCAUGCUCCUAACUAGGGCUACUGGAAGCCACGCAUACUUAGGAUCCAGCGAGGCUUCCUUAUCCCACUGCUCUGUUUUACAGAUGAGGAAAAUGAGCCCCCAAAAGCAAUGUGUUUCAGGGGCAGGGUCUCUGGGUCUCUGAUCUCCUCACUCAAGGCGAGAGUGUUCUCCUUAUAAGAUCUGUGAUUUUCAAGCUGUUGGGUUCCCGUCAAUGAGAGGCCAGGGACAUGAAGCAGGCAGGGUCUCCAGCCUGACCAGCCAGGUACCCACACAAAGCAACAUAUGGUGAAUACUCACUGAAUGAAUGAGUGAAUGAAUGAAUGAAUGAAUGAACAGUGCUUCAGAGUCCCUUUUACCUAUAUUGGAGCUCCAGGUAAGACUCUAUUAGGAAAAAAAAGGUUCCAUAUGUGAAAGCAAGCUUGAAAACCACAGCACUGGACAGUGCUGACCUCCCAUUUACUAUUGGAUUUUCAGUGCAGAGCUGAUGUUGGAAGGGUGGGGAAGAGAGACGGGGGGAGAAGGUGACCUGAGGAACCUUGAACCAUGGCUGGCAACUGGAUCAUUGGAUACACUGGAUCACUGCCUCCUUCUAUUUCAAAAGUCCUAAAUCUGUAGUCCUUGGACCCCCCUGCAUACUAGGCAAAACUUUGUGUACAGGCAUUUUUCUAAGCAGAAGAUACAAAAUUCUCAUCAGAUUCUCAAAGGAACAGAUGACCUAUAAAAGGUUGUGCAGCACUGCUCUAAGUCACGAUCUAAACCUCCACAGACAUGGGUAAUUUUAGUUAUAAGGAGUCUGAACAUUUUAUAGCAAGGAAAUGGCAGGACAGAAAAGGCUGACUGGCCCAAAGCCACGGGGCAGGUUUGCUGCUGGGCUAGGAUCUGGAUCUGGGAUUUAAUAUAUCUUUAUUGAUUUCAGAGAG